AUGUCAUAUUAAUUUGGGAUCAAUCAAUUAUAGAGCACAACAGUUCCAAAUGCAAAGUAUAAAACUAUUCUUUGUCGACACUAUUAAGGUAUGUGAACUCAAUCUAUUAUAAUAGCAACCAAAUAAUGUGCCAUAGGUUCUAAAUGCUAAUUCGCUCAUGGUAUAGAAGAAUAAAGGUAAAUGAACGGUAAAAUAUUAAAAAAUAAUCUAAAGAUCCUUUGCCUGCUUCUGCACUUUCAUCAAUCACUACUGCUUCCCAAUCAACAACAAUUGAACAAUAAUAAAAAAAUUAAUCACCUUUGUUUAAAAGUAUGAAUAAGAAUUAAAUAAGUACCUUGUAAAUACCAUCAACUCAAUUUUUGUAAGAAUGGUUCAGGUUGUCAAUAUGUACAUGGUAUGCAUUUAUUAGUUAUACCAAAUAGAUUCUGAUAUAUAAAUAUAGCCAA